UCGGCGAGUUGAGUUAGAAAGUCGCAGGAUGAAGUUCCUUCCGAAGCUGGAGCGCAGGUUGCGCCGGCUGAAGAAGAAGGUGACCAGGCCUUCACUGGUUAGAAAGCUGGAUUUGGUUCACGAGAGCGCCCGUAACAAGGCCUUUCAGGAAAGUUGUGAGACCUACAAAAAUCAUAUUGAGAAUGAGUUCGAACUGCGGAGUAAACAGCCAAAGCUAUCCCGCAGCGAUAAGGAGGCAUUCCUCAGCGAUGGAAGCUUCCAUCAGGCAGUUGGCCGUGUGCUCCUGGUAGCCGAAUUCUUCGCCAUGAUGCCAGUCAAGGGAGUGACGGCAAAACAUCCUUCGAAUCUGAGCUUCUCCUGGCGCAAUAUACGAACCUGUUUCUGUCUGCUUUUCAUCGCAUCGAGUUUGGCCAACUUUGGACUAUCAUUGUUUAAGGUUUUAAACAAUCCGAUUAGUUUCAACAGUAUUAAGCCGAUUAUAUUCCGUGGAUCUGUUCUGCUGGUUUUGAUAGUGGCUCUAAAACUGGCCCGUCAGUGGCCCCAGUUGAUGAUGUUUUGGCACACGGUGGAGAAGGAACUGCCGCAGUAUAAAACGCAGCUGGGCAAGUGGAAGAUGGGCCACACCAUAUCGAUGGUCAUGCUAGUGGGAAUGAUGCUGUCCUUUGCGGAGCACAUUUUGAGCAUGAUAUCGGCCAUAAACUAUGCUCGUUUUUGCAACCGCACCGCCGAUCCCAUUCAAAACUAUUUCUUGCGCACCAACGAUGAGAUCUUUUUUGUGGCCAGUUACUCUACUCCUUUGGCUUUAUGGGGCAAGUUCCAGAAUGUCUACUCCACCUUCAUAUGGAACUACAUGGACAUGUUUGUGAUGAUAGUCAGCAUUGGUUUGGCGUCCAAGUUUCGUCAGCUAAACGAUGAUUUGCGAAAUUUUAAGGGAAUGAACAUGGCUCCAGCUUACUGGUCAGAGCGCCGAAUUCAGUACAGGAAUAUAUGCAUACUAUGCGACAAAAUGGACGAUGCCAUAUCCCUAAUUACCAUGGUGUCCUUCUCCAAUAAUUUGUAUUUCAUUUGCGUUCAGUUGCUGAGAAGUUUAAACACCAUGCCUUCGGUGGCCCAUGCUGUGUACUUCUACUUCUCCCUCAUCUUCCUCAUUGGUCGCACUUUGGCGGUUUCACUGUACUCGGCCAGCGUUCAUGACGAAUCCAGGCUAACACUGAGGUAUCUACGUUGUGUGCCCAAGGAAUCCUGGUGUCCUGAGGUGAAGAGAUUUACGGAGGAGGUUAUCAGCGAUGAGGUGGCCCUCAGUGGAAUGAAGUUUUUCCACCUCACAAGGAAGCUGGUGUUGAGUGUUGCUGGCACCAUCGUCACCUAUGAACUCGUUCUCAUCCAAUUUCACGAGGACAACGACCUGUGGGACUGCGAUCAGAGCUACUACUCAUAGAACAACGACUUGUACACUGUUUAUUGCAUAAUAAAUAAAAAAUCAUCU